AGGUACUAUCACUUCAGUAUUUAUUCGUCCAGCGUAAAAUGCGGUCAAGUGGUACAACAUGAUUCUAACCAUAACUCUCGUCGUAACGGCGGUCGCCGCUCUCUACGUUUAUUUGACAUGGAACUAUGGCUACUGGAAAAAGCGAAAUGUUCCCGGACCAGAUCCGCUUCCGUUUUUAGGAAGCUUCCCAUCGUUGAUUCUUCGCCACCGGACCAUAAUGGAAGAAAUGGACAAAAUCUACAGUGACUACAAGAAUAAGUUCAACUUUGUGGGAAUCUUCAGCAACCGGUCACCAAGCAUUUUCGUGGCGUCUCCGGCACUGGCCAAAGAUGUUCUUAUCAAAGACUUCAAGAAUUUUCAUGACAACGAGUUUGGUGGGUUCACUGAUAAAGACACCGACCCUAUUUUGGGCCGCAACCCGUUUUUGCUAAAUGGAGAAGAGUGGAAAGAAAAACGGUCUGAAGUUACUCCUGCGUUUACUACAUCCAGGAUGAAGGCGCUUUUCCCAAUAAUUGAGGACGUUGGAACACGAAUGACUAAAUAUGUGAAACAAAAAGGAAAAACUGCAUUAGAUACCAGAGAACUUACUGCUAAAUUUACCACUGAUGUUGUCUCUAGCUGCAUUUUCGAUACAGAUGCAGAAUCAUUCACCAACGAAAAGGCUGUAAUUCGCGAAAUGGGUCGAAAACUCUUGGAUAACUCCUUUACGUUCUUCUUGAUUGCAAUGUUCAUAGGCGUUAUGCCAACCCUAGCCAAGCUACUCAACGUUGGAUUGAUUCCCAAGUCAGUGGAAAAGUUUUUCACUAACCUCAUGUCAGAGGCUUUGAAGCAUCGUGAACAGAAGGGAAUCAAGCGUGUUGAUUACCUUGAACAUCUCAUCAGUUUACGGAAUAAGAAAAACAUUUCCGAGCUGGAUAUGGCCGCCCACGGUGUGACCUUCUUCAUCGAUGGCUUUGAAACCUCCAGUAUUGCAAUGGCUUUUGUACUGUACGAGGUAGCCAGGAACCCAGAUGUGCAAAAACAACUUCGUGAAGAGUUGCUCAAAGCAUCCAAUGAUCAAGGUUCAAUCAGCUACGACACUCUACUGGAAUUGCCCUACCUAGAGCAAGUUAUCAACGAAUCCCUAAGACUUUGGCCUCCAGCUGCGUUCCUCUCGAAAAAGUGCACGGAACCCAUCGAGCUUGACCUGACUUCAUCGCAGAAAGUCCACAUUGAAAAGGGCGUCUACGCCAUGAUUCCAGUCUGGUCAAUUCAUCGUGAUCCGGAGUGCUAUGAAAAUCCUACAAUGUUCAACCCGGACCGGUUUAGCCCAGAACAAGGUGGUGUUAGCCCUUAUCGGGAGAAAGGAUGCUUCAUUCCGUUUGGUGAUGGCCCACGCCAGUGUCUUGGAAUGAGAUUCGCUCGGAUGCAAAUGAAGCGAGGCGUUUAUGAAAUCUUGAAGAACUUUGAGCUGUCGGUUGAUCCCAAAACAAUUCAACCACUUCAAAUGGAUCCAAAGCAAUUUUUAACUAUGCCACUAGGAGGAAUAUGGUUGAACUAUAAGGCGAUAACUAAAUAAAAUAUGUUUAAUGUUUUGUU